AAAUAACAUAACACCAUGAUGGAUUAAAAAAAAAAAAAAAACAUGAUGAUGUGAUUAUGCGAAGAGAAUAGCGAUAGUGAAAGAGAAAGAGGAAGAUGGCAUCAUCGGUGGCGAAGAACAUUCUCAAAUCGAUCAGAGAGAAAGGUUUCGGCGCCUUCCUCAGACAGCUCAAAGAUGAAGGCUACCUGAGGUGCCUUCCGGACGGAAAUCUCUUGCAAACCAAGAUCCAUAAUAUUGGUGCAACGCUUGUUGGUGUUGACAAAUUCGGUAACAAGUAUUAUGAGAAACUUGAAAACACACAAUAUGGAAGACACAGGUGGGUUGAAUAUGCAGAAAAGAGUAGAUAUAAUGCUUCACAAGUUCCACCUGAAUGGCAUGGUUGGCUCCACUUCAUUACUGAUCAUACAGGAGAUGAGCUUCUUUUGCUGAAACCGAGAAGGUAUGGUGUUGAACACAAAGAAAAUUUGUCAGGAGAGGGUGAACAGUAUAUCUAUCACUCCAAGGGACAUGCACUUAAUCCCGGACAGAGAGACUGGACAAGGUACCAACCAUGGCAAUCCAAGCUUGAACCAUGAUUGCAGUCCAUCUGUGUUGAAAAUUUUCCUGAAUGUUGGUUUUUGACAUUCUGGAUAAAUGAUUUGCAUUCGCAUUGAGGGGGUUGCUUUUUCCCGUUGAAUAAAAUUAAUUAUUAGCUAUUCUGUUCGACAAGCUCACUUUGUAAUUCAAAUGUUUCCCUACACAGUCACAAAUUUCCAUUUAUCUGCGUGAAUACGUUUUCUGGGAUUAA